AUGGCCAAGGAAGGCGUAGAGAAGGCGGAGGAGACGGAGCAGAUGAUUGAGAAGGAGACCAGCAAGGAGCCUGCUGAGGGCGGCGACAGCUCCCACCGCCUCGGGGAUGCCCAGGAGAUGCGCGCUGUGGUGUUGGCCGGCUUCGGCGGGCUCAACAAGCUGAAGCUCUCCAGAAAGGCCAUGCCGGAGCCACAGGACGGCGAGCUCAAGAUUCGCGUCAAAGCCUGUGGUUUGAACUUCAUUGACCUGAUGGUGCGACAAGGGAAUAUUGACAACCCUCCUAAGACGCCCUUGGUGCCAGGAUUCGAGUGUUCUGGGAUUGUUGAAGCUCUGGGGGACAGCGUGAAAAGCUACGAGAUUGGAGACCGCGUCAUGGCAUUUGUCAACUACAAUGCCUGGGCUGAGGUAGUCUGCACACCAGUGGAGUUUGUCUACAAGAUCCCAGAUGACAUGAGUUUCUCCGAGGCCGCUGCUUUCCCCAUGAACUUCGUCACAGCAUACACGAUGCUCUUUGAGAUUGCCAACCUCCGGGAAGGGAUGUCUGUGCUCGUGCACUCCGCCGGAGGUGGGGUGGGUCAAGCUGUGGCCCAGCUAUGCUCUACUGUCCCCAAUGUGACCGUCUUUGGGACAGCUUCUACUUUCAAGCACGAGGCUAUCAAGGAUUCUGUGACCCACCUCUUCGACAGAAAUGCAGACUAUGUGCAAGAAGUAAAAAGGAUCUCUGCUGAAGGUGUGGACAUUGUUUUGGACUGCCUGUGUGGAGAUAAUACUGGCAAGGGGCUCAGCCUCCUCAAACCUCUGGGGACCUACAUUUUAUAUGGUUCAUCCAACAUGGUAACUGGAGAGACCAAGAGUUUCUUUAGUUUCGCAAAGUCGUGGUGGCAGGUGGAGAAAGUGAACCCCAUCAAGCUGUACGAAGAAAACAAAGUCAUCGCAGGAUUCUCACUCCUCAACCUGCUCUUCAAGCAGGGCCGCUCGGGCCUCAUCCGGGGAGUCGUGGAGAAGCUCAUAGGGCUGUACAACCAGAAGAAGAUCAAGCCUGUGGUGGAUUCUUUAUGGGCCCUGGAGGAGGUCAAGGAGGCCAUGCAGCGCAUCCACGACCGAGGGAACAUCGGGAAGCUAAUCCUGGAUGUGGAAAAGACCCCGACUCCGCUGAUGGCCAACGACAGCACAGAGACCAGCGAGGCAGGAGAGGAGGAAGAGGACCACGAAGGUGACAGCGAGAACAAGGAAAGGAUGCCCUUCAUCCAGUAA